GUGAGAUCAUGAAGUCAAGUCACUCCCAAUUGUGUUUUAGUGGUUCUACCUGUUUCACCUGCUCUCCCACCCCAACUGUCUCAAAGAAGAGUCUGGUCGUGUGGAAUCUGCCUUUAGACCAGCACAAGAAUGGAUUUAUAAACCUUUUCAGAAACUUGAGCGUCUGCUUUUCUCCUCCCAGUGGAUUUUAAGCUAGAGUAACACGUACACACUAAAUACAGACUGACACAUUACUGCUAAGGUGAACAUGGGGACAGAUUUAGCCUACAACUUUGUCUUCAAAGUGGUUUUAAUUGGGGAGUCAGGGGUUGGAAAAAGCAACUUACUGUCAAGAUUUACCAAAAAUGAGUUCAAUCAUGACAGCCGUACAACCAUUGGGGUGGAAUUCAGCACUCGCUCCAUUCAAGUGGAUAAUAUUACCAUCAAGGCCCAGAUCUGGGACACUGCGGGUCUAGAGCGCUACAGGGCUAUUACCUCAGCGUAUUACAGGGGAGCAGUGGGUGCAUUGCUGGUUUAUGACAUCACCAAGCACCUGACGUAUGAGAACGUUGAGCGAUGGCUGAAGGAACUGUACGACCACGCUGAUCCUCAUAUAGUAGUCAUGCUUGUGGGAAAUAAAAGUGACCUGGGAACUGCACGCACUGUACCAAAAGAGGAGGCUAAGGACUUUGCAGAGGCCAAAGGCUUACUAUAUAUGGAGACUUCUGCUUUAGAGUCAACUAACGUCGAAUCUGCCUUCCUUGAAGUUCUAACAGCAAUACACAUGAAAGUUGCUAGUAAAGAGGUCACCAGAGGAUCCAUCAGCGCGGUGACCCUGGGCCCGUCCAGCGAGUACAAGGAGGAGAGACAGUCCUGCUGUAAAAGCACCUGAACAACAUCCAAUGUCAUCAAGAGCAAAGACAUUUCCCCAUGACAUUGAUUACGUCAUACCUGCAUGGUGGUACUUCUUCAUACUUGGCCUUCAUUGGAUAUCAUAUCAAUGAGCACAAUAGGGAGGUGACCAGGCGUUUUUAGGGUUAUUGUUUUGUGGCUUGUUUUUUAAAAGAUGUAAACAAUUGGAACUGAUGAUGUCCAUGACGUGUUCUUAGAUUGUUAAUUACCACUAGACUUUAAUGUAAAUUACUCUUAUGGAUAAACCACAAAUGGGUUGUGUUGUAUUAUAAAACUAUUUAUAUGGUG